CACACCUAAAAAAUGCAGAAACAUGAGAGAGAGUGAAUUCAUAGAGCUCCGGUUUUUCGCACAAAACCGAUGAGCAAUAAAAUUAGAAUGAAUGUUUUAUCCUGGAGGCGACCGAUUGAUAGUCUGCUGUGCGCAAUACGAGGUAGUUCCACGAACGUCUUAAAAAGAGCGAUCUAGUCCGCAACUCAACCAGAUCGAUAACCUUAAUUUUUCUGUUGGGUUUGUAACGCACUAUACUACUACAUUGUGUGAGAGACAUUAUAAGCAGCAGGUUUUCCUGACUCUUCUUCACCUUAUUGUUAUCACUCGCAAACAAAUAUAAAUAAUCACGUGCGUGUCCAUUAUCGAGACGGCCACCGGAGACGACAAUACAUAGGUGGCGAAAUUGAGAAUAAACCGCGGCGAGAAAGCACCAACUGAUCCAGGCUCCAUUAAUGAUUAAACUAAUCCAUGCAUGUUUCGUUUGUCCCACACUACCCGAUCCAUUGGUUUGUUGGUAUUAGGACUAACUUACUCUCUAAUUAGUAAUUAGCAAACGCUUCUUCCUUAACGUAUGACUCUACUCAUCAAUUGUUUGCGUGUAUAUAUAUAUAUAUAGGGCACCCUCCGAGCCCACCAAUACAAACAACCCAGUUAAGAAAUAGCACUCAUCAAUCAAUCAUUCAAAACCAUAUAUAUCAAUGGCAGCUUCUUCCAUCGCCGUCCUCACUAUCCUAAUCGGAAUCAUGAUAGCGUUCGACGGUGCGAACGCGGAGGACGCCGCCCCUCCAUUGUACGUGUGCAACGGCAAUGUGGACGCCGGCAUGACUCCAUGCGUUAGCAAAAUGGCAACCACUUUGAUAACGAGGGAUCCGAGGCGUGGCGGGAGGACGAAUCAGUGCAGCGUCAACGCCACCACGACGCUCCAUGCAGUGGCAUACUGUUACGACAUAGACUAUCUCCCGCUCUGCCGCUUGUGCUUGCAACAUGCUACGAAGAAGGUGAUGAGUAGUUGUCCGGAUCGGGUCGGGGCCCGAAUCAACAACACUCUGUGUGCGUUUAGAUAUGAGGCUUAUUCUUUCUUCUGAGUUUUGGCCCAUGCAACAAUAUAAUGGGUUUCGUCGACCGAUCGACCGGCGACUUUAUUCACAAGGAUUGAUGCCAAAAGCUUAUAAUUAGCUUGCAUCGAUCAUAGAAUUGAUACUACCUAUCUAGUUUCUGAAGUUUCAUAUGUUUUGCUGUAUUUUUUCCUUUUGUUUCUGGGCACAUGCAUAUGGAUUUUGUAUGUGUGGUGAUAGAGCUUUUGCUUGAUGCAUGCACUCAUGUUUUUCUCGAUAUUGAGUAGUAUCUAUCUCAUUUAUCAGUUAUCAGUAUAUGCUUGAAUUUUUUUAUUUUGAUUCAUGAAUUAGGGGUGACCAUUGGAUAACAUUUACGAAUUCGUGAUGAGUUGGAUUUAAUGACUUGAGAUAUUCAUCCGUUGAUUAGUUAAGUGGAAUCCCAAAUUUGAGUGAAAUAACAAUUUACAACAUUCCUUAUUUCAAUUUUAAUGAUUUAUAAUUUAUUUAACACUUAACAACAAGAAAAAUAGCUUGCAAGUUGAUAUCAUCAGAGCUCAAUAGCUCAUAAAGUCCUUGAGCUAUUGAAACUAAUAAUUUAGAUGAUAGAGUUACGUUUGUAAGUGAUGUUGAUUUCUCGGGUAGAGUACAUCGAUACCACUAACGUAUGAGAAUUGCGGGAGUUAUACCACUUAAAUAAGAAUAGGGCAUCGCGUAUCACUGAACUCUAUUAUAUGUGCACCCGGUACGAGUUAAGUUUAAUGCUAAGUGCAUUUCGUUAAAGUUAACAAAAUAUUCUUGAAAUAUUUUAUUUUUUAAAUUUCAUAAGUGAUUCUUCUACUUUUCUUAUUGUAAAAAAUCAUUUAAACUUAUGAAAAUAUUUUAUUUUUUAGUUGGGAUCCUCUUUUCAAUACUUGAUAUCAAACCAAUUUUUGAAUAAAAAAUUUAGAAUUGAUUAUUAUUAAGUAUUUUCAAUUAUCAUUAGUUCAAUUUUCUAAUAUUAUAUUGUAUAUGUUCCAUAUUAGUUAAAAUUACUAAUUCUAAUUUUCUUCAUAUAGUCUUUUUUCAAUUAUUGGAAUAUGUUUAAUUCUUUUUGAUUGUGUUCCAUUUAUCUUUGUUUGGUUUUGAUGUAUUGAUGAUCGAUUAGGUUCUAUUUUAACUGUUUCCAAUGGUGCUUUUAAUUGAAUUAGGGGGGUUUAAAUAGAUAAUAUACUAUUAAUUUUAAAUAUUUACUAUUGCAUUCUAGUAUAUUUAUUAUUAUUCUUGAUAUUCAUUUAUUAUUUUUACUAAUUUAUCUAUUUUAUUGGAAAGUUUUGAUUAGCCAUUCUAGUAAUAAUAUAUUUAGAAUGUUUUCUAAUUUUUAUAUUAGAUAAAACUUGUUGAAAUAGUUUUGAAUGUUUUUAAGAGUUUUGGGUACCAAAAAGUAAUUAAAAGUUCGUGUUUGAUAGAAAAGUAGAUGGAUGCACAUUUUGGCGACUUUAAUAGUACCCGACGCCAUAUUCAAACUUAAGUGAUAUGUCUACCUGAUUUCAAACUUAAAUAGUACCCGAAGUAUUUUGCCUUUGAUUUCCCUCUUGAUAUUUACAAGGUAACUCAAUAUAAUUAUGCCUAAGUGACAUCUAGAUGUCGUGUUACUCCACAACGUAUUCUUCUUGAUUUCUAAAUUGCUGUAAAACUGCUAAAUAAAACGUAUUGGUGUCG